AUGUUUUUAGAGCUAAGACUCAAAUCCCUCAUUUCAAAACAGAUAAUACUUAAUUUCCAAUACGAAAUACAAGGUGACAAUCUUAUUGUCAAUACGAUUAACGAUUUUGAAGACGCAGAGGCCGCAAUAAAAACAAUCAAAGAACGAAACAUUAAAAGUUUGACUUAUUCUGACGGAUCCAACUAUCCAAUGUUUAUUGGUGCUGGAUUGGUAGAAAAUAUAAUUGCAAAUCAACCCGAAACUAACGAUAUUAUGAUUCCAAAAUAUUUAUGCUAUAAAAGUGUCCAUAUCAAAACGUUGACUGUUAAUGCUGAAGUUUCAAUAGGUCCAUAUGCUUUUGCAUACUCUACAAUUCAAACGAUAAAUAAUAUUCAAAAUGUCAAAGCUAUUUGUGAGAGCGCAUUUGAAGGUUGUUCUAAUUUAAAUUUGGUUGGACUGAUUAAUCAUUGUCAAAAGAAUUGUCUACGAUUUACAAAAAUUGUAAAUCUUGAAGUUAAAACAAUUGACCCUUUUGGGCUUCAAGAAAUGCAUGAAUUGGAAACUGUAACAAUACAAUCUGCUUUAAUACCGGAGAAAGCCUUUUACAAUUGUUUCAAAUUGACAACUGUGACUAUUAGCGUUCAAAAUACUCAAAUUCUAAAAUCUGCGUUUGAAAAUUGUGGUAUUCAAGCAUUUAAUUUUGAACACAUCUCAGAAAUAGAUUCAUGGGCUUUCAGAAAUACUAAACUUCAAUCAAUUGAAUUGCCAAAUUCCAACUUAAAAUUGUAUAAUGGAGCAUUUUGUCAAUGUCCGUUUUUAACAACAGUGACCAUUACAGAUUCCGUCACAAUUGCUGAUUUUUCCGGUGAACAGUUUAAAGAAUGUUAUUCUUUAGAAACUGUCGAUUAUCGUAACACUAAUAAAGUUCCAACAAGAAUGUUCAUGUUUUGUUACAAAUUGGCAACUUUUAAAUCAAUUAAUAACAAUUUAGAUAUUGAAGAAGAAGCAUUUUACUCAUGUACUAGUUUGAGAAAUAUUGAUUCAAACCAAGUUGGAAAUAUUUAUGAUAAGGCAUUCAUUUAUUGCAUCUCUUUACGAGAGUUUAAUCCAACAUAUUCACGCAUUGGUCAUAAAGCUUUUUAUGGUUGUCAAAACCUACAAAUAACUAAUAUUCAUAAUUGUGGACGCUACUCAUUUGCAUAUUGUUCUUCAAUAUCAACAUGCACACUUAAAAAUUCUUUAGAUGAUGGAACAAUGAUAAAUUGCACUGGAUUAACAUCUGUUUCAUUUGAAAAUAUUGUUAGAAUUCCAUUCAAAUGUUUUCAAGGAUGUACAAAUUUGGAAACAAUUUCUCUUUCAGCAAGUGUGAAAAAUAUUGAUAUAAAUGCCUUUCUUGAUACUAAUCUUAACAUGGAAGAAUUGGACUUAAGCAAUUGCCAAAAAAUUGGAAGUUUUGCUUUUAAAAACACAAAAAUUAAAAGCCUGAUAUUUUCAAAUGUAUAUAAUACUGAUGAAGAAAAUGGAAUUCCAUUUGAUGGAGUAACAACAAUUAAGAAAAUAACAUAUAGAUCAUCCUACGCAUUCAGGCCAAAAGACUUCAGAGAUUCAACAAAUAUUGAAAUCGUUUUUGAAGAUAAUAACUUCCAAAUAAAGGAUGAUACUAUUAUAGAUAGUUCUCAAUUAUAUUAUUAUUAUCCAAGUAGUCCAAGUAAUGAAUAUACUGUCAAUCCAGAAAUUAGACAAAUAAUGUCUUAUGCAUUUGCAGGUGCCACAAAUCUUAAAAGUAUAACCAUUAAUCACUAUAUUGGAUCGGACAGUAAAUUCGCACUCGCAAAUUGUAAGUCACUACAAACAAUCAAUAUUGAUUUUCAAAAUUCCGAAGGUUAUUCAUUAUCAAUUCCGUGUGGUUUCUUUGCAAACUGCAUUAAUCUUAUUACAGUUAAUCUUGGCCAAAAAAUAUCUAUGAUAGAGAAAGGAGCUUUUGAAGGUUGUAUAUCUUUAACAUCGAUUGUUAUUCCAAGUGAUACAAAAGAGCUUUCAGAUUAUUGCUUCACAGGAUGCACAAAACUAGAAAAAAUUGAGUUUCUCGCCGAUUCGGUUAAACUUAAAGGAUACUGUUUUGCCAAUUGUACAUCAUUGAAUGAGAUUAAGUUCAAUGAAAUCAUCCAAAUGUAUGAAUAUUGCAUAUCAGGAUGCAAAUCGUUAACUAAAUUAAAUGUCGAAAAUAUUAAAAGUAUUUCAGCCAAUGCAUUUUCCUUUUCUUAUUUAGAGAAUAUCAAAGUUCCAGCUAAUCUUUUACAAUAUGAAAAUGCAUUCAGAUAUUGCAAUAAUUUGAAAAAGGUUGAAUUAUUUGUACUACAUCCAGAGUUUUAUCAUUAUGUAAAAAGUGGUUGUUUUAAUUCCUCUAGUUUAGAAGAAAUUGUUCUUCCUGAUUGUAUUCAAAGCCUUGAAGAGUUUUCAUUUGGUUUUACCAAAUUGAAGAAAUUAUUUAUUCCAAACAGCGUAUAUUCAAUCAGUCCAAAAACAUUUUAUGGAUCUGAUGACAUACAAUUAGAAAUGGAUUGUUCUCAUCCAUUUUAUACAGUUGGCGAAUACGAACUUGUUGAAAAAGCAACAGGUAAGCUAGUUUUAACUUUUGGAAAACUUCCAUCAGCAUAUAUUGUUCCAGAAAAUAUCAAAAUCAUUGGACGUGAUUCAAUAUUUUCUCCUCCAAAAAUAAAUGAGGAAACCAAAAAAGUUAUUGAUUUUGGACUUACAACAUAA